AUGGAGGAAAAGCCGAAAUGUAAUCGUUGGUUUUUGCUUUCAUUGUACUUUCUAAUCUCGUUUUCUGUAUGCGGCUUAGUAGGCUCAUUUACUGCUAUUUUGCCACUACUUAGAAGAGCUUGUAUUUUUUCGAAUCUCUGUAGAUGUGACCCAACUGCAAAAAACUAUCGAGGUGACGACUGUUUGAACCCAGAUUUAAGAGAUUUAAUAUUAUUCGAACCAUUUUCAAGUGACGAUGAAUGCGAUCCUAUAGGUUGUAAUCUACAGAACAUUUUAUAUGUUGACGCCUGGAAAUUUGGUUUGAGUGUUCCACUUAUCACAAGCCCUAUUGCAGGAACAAUUGCAGAUAUAAUUGGGCCAAGGGCACUAGGUACCAUUGGAGCUUUAUUUGUAUGCUCGGGUCUAUUUAUUUGGCUUCUACUCACCAAUAUUUUUGAAAUUCUAUGGGUUGCCGAGUAUUUGCUGAGUUUAAGCUGGUUAUUUUUAGGAAUUGGAAGGGUUUGUAUUUCAUAUAGUAUAGUUUCAGUUUCAUCAUUAUUUGAGAUGCAGUCUUUGGUUAUUUCAAUUUUGGGUGGCCUAAUUGAUGCUUCAAUUUUAUUACCGUUGUUAAUAGGAAACUUCCAGCCUGGUUUGAAGAAAUCGACUCAAUUUGGAGAAAGUUUCUCCGGAAUGGACAAAAAAAUUGGAGAAAAAUUAUUUAUUUAUAUUUAUUUAGUUCUUUCAUUACUUUCAUUAGUAUCACUUUUUUUAACAUUGCCUUCAGUAACAUUCAACAAACUUAUUCCAAGAAAAAAACUCAGCGAAAUUAAACAGUUUAUUACUUGCCAGGAAGAUAUGGCAGAUGGAAAUCUGUUGAAAAAAGAUUUUAAAAAGUUAGAAAAAUCUGUUGUUAAUGAAGAUAUAUUAAUUAAAUGUCCAACAACGAUACAGUUAAGAGCACGAUCUGAAGUUACAAAUGUUAAGGUGAAGGUAAAGUGCACUAAUUCUGAUGGACUAGAAUGUGAAUCUUCUGCAAUGUGCGACCUUAAAGCCUCUUCUGCAAUUAUGGGUGGGUAUAGCGUGGUUUGUUCAUUAGCAAAAUGUAGGUAUUUACUGAAUAUUGAUAAACUUAGAAGUUUUUCAACCCCUUCAAAUUUAACAAAUUUUGUUAACCCAGAAACCAGAAGUAGCCUAAAUACAAUAAUUGACAGGCCAAUAUUUGAGCAGCUAUUUAGUUACGAGUACUUCACAUUUAUGGCACUAUUUACAUAUAAUUUUUGGAGAUGCUCCAUUUUAGUUUCAAAAAGUGAAUACAUAGUUUCUUCAGCAUUAUAUAUGAAUCAGAAUGCUGCUAUAAAUCAGGAAAUUCUUAAGAUAAUGAAUAUUUAUAAUAUUAUUAUGAGUUUAGGAAGCAUUUUCAGCGUAAUUUGGGGUAUUAUUGCAACAAAAUAUGGUGUCAAUUUCAUGAUUGGCUUAAUUACUAUUUUGGGGUGUUUUAUUCAUAUUCUACUCAUAUUUAUCCACAUGCUACCAUUCUGGUCCAUUUAUUUAUAUUUUUGGGCAUUUUCCGCUCUAAGGUCCUUUAUUUUCGGAUCAUUAAAUUGUUUUAUUGGUGAUACAUUUGGAUUUUCAAAUUUCGCGAGAUUAGCAGGAAUACAAGCUUUUACAUGUUUUGUUUUUUUCCAAAUUAUGAACUAUUUAACCUCCAAAUAUUUUGAAACAAUCUCUUGGGCAAGAGUUAACCAAUACUUGCUUAUUCCUAAUAUUUUUUUACUUUCAGUUCCAUUUAUUUUGAAACUUCUUAAAACUAGGAGGGAUAACUAA